AUGGAUUCUAAAUCGAAAACAACCAUUAGCUAUACUUUAUUCUUGUACCGUGAAGAAUUACGUCGAACUCAAUCACGUUUUACACGCUUGAAUCGUACGAAAAUUUCACUCACCGAUAAAUUAAUAUCGAAAAGUGUACGAAAUUUGGAAAAAUGUUCUAUAGAAGAUUUACACGCCAUCAAUCGGGAACUUUUAUUCAAAAAGAAAUUGAAAUAUCAAAUACAACGCAGCAAACAAUUGGAGAAAUUAGGUGUGAAAAAUGCUAAUCCCAAUGAAAUACCUUCUACGGAUCUGUAAGCAGUUAUAUAUA